UGGUGAAUCUGGACUUUAGACUGUGAGUAAUGAAAACUGAAUAGUAAUCUCUGGGCUGUUUCUUUUUUCAACAAGUGGGGAAAGGUUAAACUCAUUUUUAUGCGACGGACAGGACGCUCUGAGACCACACUGUCACUCAGUUAAAUGAGCUGGAAAGAGCCGAUGUGGCUGACAUCUCUCAGAAGACUCGAGGUUUAUGUGACGUUAUAACUUCAGUACUGAGAGAAUCAGUGUAAGAAAAGCAUCAUCUCUGUUUGCUGCUGGUCAGUGUGAUGGAAGAGACAUGUCUGCUGCUCUAGAGAAAUACUGCGGCUCCGUGUUUUGGAAUGCCUCGUACCUGCAGCGUCCGGACCCGGAUCUGCCGCUGUGUGUGGAGAGGACAGUGCUGGUCUGGCUUCCCUUAGCGUUCCUGUGGCUUUGUGCUCCGUGGCACUUCUCUAGUUUCUGUAAGAAAUCUGCCAAAACUCCAGCCUCAAGACUCUACAUCUGCAAACAGAUUGUGGCCGGCCUCCUGUUGCUGACAGCGAUAGCGGAGUUAGCGCUCACUCUGGGUGAGGAUUAUGGGCCAUCGAGUGAUUCCACCGCGCAGAAACACCCAGCGGUGUUGUACACCAAUCCUGUUCUGUUCGCAGUGUCAUGGAUAGUUGUGAUGUUGUGCCAGGAGUCCAUGCGGCACAGGGUGAAAUCUGUGGACUCCGGAAGCCUCUUCCUGUUCUGGCUGCUUCAGGUGGUGUGUGCGGUUUUCCAGUUCCAGACUUUACUGAGGGAAGCACUGGGACAGGAUGAAGUCACUGAUGUCCCGCGGUUCUGCCUGUUCUACAUCAGCUACGGACUGCAGCUGAUCGCUUUGGUUUUAUCAGCCAUUGCUGACAUUUCACCUGAAGUUAAAAGACUUUCAAAAACGAAUCCCGAAGCAAAAGCAACGUUUCUCAGCAGAAUCACCUUUAACUGGUUUAACAGUAUGGUGUUCAAAGGUUAUAAGAGGCCUCUGGUUCAGGAGGACAUGUGGGAUCUGAAUGAGAAAGAUUCCACUAAUUUGAUCUGUGAGCAGUUUGAAAACAUUAUGACCAAAGAGCUGAAAAAAGCUCGCAAUGCCCUACAGAAGAAACGAAACAAGCAAAAGACUAAUGAUGAUGGUCAGAACGGCUUGGCCAAAGGAGUCAGUCAGGAUGUUCUAGUUAUGGAGGAGACAGGAAAAAAGAAAGCCAAAAAGAAAGCGAAGAAGGAUUCUGAAUCCGACUAUCCUCAGUCCUGGCUGAUUCCCACCAUUACCAAAACCUUCAAAGGUGUGCUUAUAGAGUCAGCCUUCUUCAAACUCAUACAAGAUCUUCUAGCAUUUGCAAGCCCACAACUUCUCAAGUUAAUGAUAGCCUUCAUUCAGGACAAAUCAAGUUAUGCAUGGACCGGCUACAUAUACGCAGUGCUGCUUCUGUUGGUGGCGUUUUUACAGUCUGUUAUCCUGCAACAGUAUUUUAAUCAAUGUUUUAUCCUGGGUAUGAAAGUACGCACAGCUAUCAUGGCAGCUGUUUAUAAGAAGGCAUUAGUUGUAUCUAACGACUCUAGGAAAGAGUCAACUGCUGGAGAGAUUGUCAACCUGAUGUCAGCGGAUGCUCAGAGAUUUAACGACGUCACCAACUUUAUUCAUUUGCUAUGGUCGUGUCCACUGCAGAUCGCUCUGUCCAUAGCUUUCCUCUGGAUUGAGCUGGGUCCGUCUGUCCUAGCGGGCCUGUUGGUCAUGGUGCUGAUGGUGCCCAUCAACGGCUGGCUGGCCACCAAAUCCAGGAGCUUCCAGGUGCAAAACAUGAAAUUUAAAGACUCACGCAUGAAAAUUGUGAACGACAUAUUGAAUGGAAUCAAAAUUCUCAAGUAUUACGCCUGGGAAUCAUCUUUUGAGUCUCAGGUUCAGGAAAUUCGAGAAAAGGAGCUGAAGGUGAUGAGGAAAUAUGUCUACCUCUCAUCUGUCUCCAUCUUCAUAUUUUCGUGUGCUCCAGCUAUUGUGUCUCUGGCGACCUUUGCUGUAUUUGUGUCUGUGGAUUCUGAUAACAUCUUGGAUGCAGAGAAAGCUUUUACCUCCAUCUCACUCUUUAACAUCCUGCGCUUCCCGCUGGCCAUGCUUCCGCAGCUGAUAUCUAGCAUGGUUCAGACCAAUGUAUCUAAGAAAAGACUUGAGAAAUUUCUGAGUGGCAGUGAUCUGGACACGACGGUAAUCAAGCAUGAUGACAGCCACAGUGCUGCAGUGAGCAUAAAUGAUGGCACAUUCACCUGGGAAAGAGACACAGAACCAGUUCUGAAACAUGUGUCUCUGGACGUUCAUCCGGGUCGUCUGGUGGCAGUGGUUGGAGCCGUGGGUUCUGGAAAGACAUCGCUGAUAUCCUCUCUGCUGGGAGAACUGCACUGCCUCAAGGGCUACAUUAAUAUCAAUGGGUCAAUGGCGUAUGUGCCGCAGCAGGCGUGGAUACAGAACGCUACUCUCAGGGACAACAUCCUGUUCGGCUCUAAGCUGGAGGAAGAGCGUUACCUGUCUGCGGUGGAUGCGUGUGCUCUCGGGCCAGACCUGGAUCUUCUGCCUGGGAGAGAUCAAACUGAGAUCGGAGAGAAGGGCAUCAAUCUGAGUGGGGGACAGAAACAGAGGGUGAGUCUGGCCAGGGCGGUUUACAGCUCCGCAGACAUUUACCUUCUGGAUGACCCGCUGUCUGCUGUCGACUCACAUGUAGGAAAACAUCUGUUUGAAAGGGUGAUCGGACCCAAAGGACUGCUCAAAAAUAAGACUCGUAUCCUGGUAACACAUGGGAUUAGCUUCUUGCCGUAUGUAGAUGAGAUUGUUGUGUUGGUGAAUGGGGUUGUGUCUGAGGUGGGAUCAUACAACGCUCUUCGGGCCAAUAAAGGCGCUUUCUAUGAAUUCCUGGAAAUUUACGGCAAAGAGGAAAACAACAAAGCUGAUGCCAAGAAAGCAGCAGCUCAGGAGGCAGCCUAUGAAGAGAUCGAUACCCUGCCGGAGGUUUUGGAGCCACAGGCCGACGGCUCUCCAGAGGACAUCGUCUCAAGCACACUGAAGAGAGAAAACAGCUUGCGCAGCAGCCAGCGUCACAUUCGACAAAAUGGAAGUGUGAGAGUAAGGAAGAACAGCUCUCUUCGAAGUAAAAAAGACUCCGGUGAUAAGAAAGGACAGCGACUGAUUGAGAAAGAGGCAAUGGAGACCGGAAGGGUGAAGUUCUCAGUGUAUCUUCAGUAUCUGAGGUCUAUGGGCUGGUGUUACGUCUCCUUGAGUUUCGUCUUCUACUUCAUCCAGAAUGUGGCCGUCAUUGGUCAAAAUCUGUGGCUCAGUGAAUGGACUAAUGAUGCUGAAAACUAUAUCAACAAAACCUACCCAAAUCAUAUUAGAGACACGAGAAUAGGCGUCUUUGGAGGCCUGGGAUUAGCACAAGGAUUUCUGGUGUUUUUAGGCACUAUACUCCUAGCUGAUGGAUCCAUUAGUGCGUCCAGGACUCUACACACAAAUCUGCUGUCUAAUAUUCUGAGAGUGCCCAUGGUGUUCUUUGAUACCACACCUUCAGGACGAGUAGUCAAUCGUUUCGCUAAGGAUAUCUUUACUGUGGAUGAGAUGAUCCCGAUGUCCUUCAGAUCCUGGAUUCUCUGUCUUCUCGGAGUUCUAGGGACCUUGUUUGUUAUCUGUCUGGCUACUCCAAUCUUCACCGCAGUUGUUGUACCGAUGGCUGUUGUCUACUACUUUGUGCAGAGGUUCUAUGUUGCUACAUCCAGGCAACUCCGACGACUGGAUUCUGUAUCUCGAUCUCCCAUUUACUCACACUUUGGAGAAACCGUAUCAGGAAUCUCUGUUAUAAGAGCGUAUGGGCACCAGCAGCGUUUCCUAAAGCAGAAUGAGCACACCAUUGAUCAGAAUCUCAAAAGUGUCUAUCCUUGGAUUGUUUCUAAUAGGUGGUUGGCCAUGCGGUUGGAGUCCCUGGGGAAUCUGGUGGUGUUUUUCUCAGCUUUGUUUGCUGUAAUCUCGCGAGACUCUUUGAAUAGUGGACUGGUUGGACUGUCCAUCUCAUACGCCUUAAAUGUGACUCAAACUUUGAACUGGCUUGUGAGAAUGACAUCAGAAUUGGAGACCAACAUCGUUGCUGUGGAAAGAGUGAACGAGUACACAAAUAUCAAAAAUGAGGCUCCGUGGGUCACCAGUAAUCGUCCUCCUGACGACUGGCCCGCCACCGGGAAUAUUCGCUUUGAAAACUACAAAGUUCGAUACCGGCCUGAGUUGGAGCUCAUUCUCCAUGGAAUCACAUGUGACAUCGAAAGCACUGAGAAGAUUGGCAUUGUUGGUCGAACUGGUGCAGGCAAAUCUAGUCUGACCAACUGUUUGUUUCGCAUCAUUGAAGCUAGUGAAGGUCGAAUCAUCAUCGACGGUGUUGACAUCUCCACCCUGGGGCUUCAUGAUCUCAGGAGCAGACUCACCAUCAUUCCACAGGACCCAGUUCUCUUCUCUGGGACUCUGCGGAUGAACCUGGACCCUUUCCAGAAGUUUAGUGAUGAGGAAAUAUGGAAUGUUCUGGAGUUGGCUCAUCUGAAAGAUUAUGUUCGGGGUUUGCCGACAGGACUUCAACACGAGGUGUCGGAGGGGGGAGAGAAUUUAAGUCUCGGUCAGAGACAGCUGCUGUGUCUCGCCCGGGCCUUGCUCAGGAAAUCCCGCAUACUCAUCCUGGAUGAAGCCACAGCAGCCGUGGAUCUGGAGACAGACGAUCUCAUCCAGACCACCAUCCGCAGAGAGUUUUCCCACUGUACUGUGCUCACCAUCGCACACCGGCUCAACACCAUUCUGGACAGUUCACGGGUAAUGGUCCUGGAUUCCGGUAAAAUCGUGGAGUUUGAUUCGCCCAGUGAAUUGCUUAACAAACAGGGACAUUUCUAUGCAAUGGCGAAGGAUGCUGGAAUCCGAAGCGAGGAACAUACGUAUUCUAGCCUAUGAUGUUUAAUUACUGUUAAAAAAAAGCUUUAGUCUGGAGGACCAAAAUCAUAAAAUGUUAAAGAUUUAUAUUACAGUUUGUAUGUAAUUUUGUUAUUUUUGCUGAUGUGUUGUUUGAUAUGGGUUUGUGUUGUGGCAAUAAAGUUUGCAUUUUGUGUA